AAGGGGAGCUGCUGAGUGAGCUCGUGUACACGCUCCGCUCCGCRCAGGUAGAGCCGAGGGAAGAGGUCGGUCUUUUCACCUGAAGAUUACUUUGUCUCACACUUCACUCACCCUGAAAGCUGGAAAGAGCUGAGGUGAUCAGGAGAGGUGAGAGACCUCCUCAGUUUUUUUAUAUUUUUAUUUUUUAUACCUCCUCUUCCCUGCGUGGAGGAACUCUUUUCAUGAAACCAGUGCAAUCAGAGACUUCAGUGGAAAGACUCGAAGAGAAAGAACUUGUAAAGGGAGGAAAAGUGAGAAAGCGGCAGCAAACGGUGGCGGCUGAGGAGGGAGAAGGAAGUUUUGAGCAUCUCACUGAUCAUCAGAGAGGCUUGUAAAGAACACCGGCUGCAUUCAGAAAGGCAAGAAUCAGGAAAUAACGACUGGUGAAGGAGGUGGAAGGAUCUUUGUGCUUCACAAUGGGGGUCCGACUGCAUCCUCCAGCUAUUGCGAACACCUUGCUCCUUCUGACCCUUAGCAUUUUGACCCUUCUGCCUCAUAGCCUCCUGGGUAAACCAACAGAUGAGGAAAACACCAGAAGCUCAGCGCUGCUGCAGAGAGUGAAACGAGGCUGGGUGUGGAAUCAGUUCUUUGUCCUGGAGGAAUACACCGGGCUGGACCCACUUUAUAUCGGAAAGCUCCACUCUGACAUGGACAAAGGCGAUGGCUCCAUUAAGUACAUCCUGACGGGYGAGGGGGCAGGCAGUACCUUCACCAUUGAUGACAGCACUGGGGACAUACAUGCCAUCCAAAGACUGGACCGGGAGGUCAAGGCACAAUACGUCYUGCGUGCCCAGGCUCGCAACCGCUUGACGAACAGACCUCUGGAGCCUGAGUCCGAGUUCAUCGUUAAGAUUCAGGACAUCAACGACAACGAGCCACAGUUUCUAGAUGGUCCCUAUCAGGCAUCUGUGCCAGAAAUGUCAAGAAUUGGAACGUCUGUGAUCCAGGUGACUGCUACAGAUGCCGACGACCCGACAUAUGGCAACAGUGCUCGUGUGGUCUACAGCAUCCUGGAGGGUCAGCCGUAUUUCUCCGUGGACGCCAAAACUGGUGUGGUCCGAGUUUCUUUGGCUGAUAUGGACCGAGAGACCAGGGAGAACUACACCGUGGUCAUCCAGGCUAAAGACAUGGGUGGACAGCUGGGGGGGCUGGCCGGCACAACCACCAUCAACGUCACGCUCAGUGACGUCAACGAUAACCCGCCCAUGUUUGACCAAAGGCUGUAUCAGAUGAGCGUGCCUGAGUCAGCGCCCGUGGGCUCCGUGGUGGGACGGAUCUGGGCCAAGGACAGAGACAUCGGGGUCAACGCUGAGAUGAAAUACAGCAUCAUAGAUGGAGAUGGGAGGGACACCUUUGACAUAAGCACUGACCCAACCAACCUCUUUGGCAUCAUCACAGUGAAAAGGCCAUUAAACUUUGAGAACAAGCCCAGCUACACCUUGAAGGUGGAGGGAGCCAACAUCAACCUGGACCCGACCUACCGCCACGGCGGGCCCUUUAAAGAUGUCACCAUUGUUCAUGUGAGCGUGGAGGACGUGGAUGAGCCACCGCUGUUCGACGCGCCGGCGUACUACAUCGAGCUUCCAGAAGAUGCAGAAAUAGGGACGGUGGUGAAAACGGUGUCGGCCCGGGAUCCGGACGCAGCCAACAACACUGUGAGGUACUCCAUCGAGAGGUCCAGCGACMCCGAGAAGUUCUUUUACAUCGAAAUCACUUCUGGCUCGCUGAUGACGGUGCRUUCUCUGGACCGAGAGGAGACUGGAUGGCACAACAUCACAGUCCUGGCCAUGGAGAUGAAUAACCCCAYGCUGAUUGCGAGCGUGACUGUGGCUGUGAAAGUCCUGGAUGUGAACGACAAUCCUCCUUCGCUGGCUCAUUAUUUGGAGACGUAYGUUUGCGAAAACGCCAAAGCGGGACAGCUGAUCCAGACCGUGACAGCCGCUGAUCCAGAUGAGCCUCUGGGGGGUCAACACUUCUACUACAGCUUGGCUCCAGAGGCCGCCAACAACCCGAACUUCACACUGAGGGACAACCAAGACAACACAGCAUGGAUUCUGACACGCCGCAGCGGCUGGUCGCAGCAGGACCAGACCACCUUUUAUUUGCCCAUCUUUGUCUCCGACGGGGAGCAGCCGGUCCAGACCAGCACCAGCACCCUGACCAUCCGCGUGUGCAGCUGCGACCAGGAGGGGAACGUCAUGUCRUGCAACGCCGAGGCCUACAGCCUCCCUGCCAGCCUCAGCAAAGGAGCACUCAUCGCCAUCCUGGCCUGCAUCUUUGUCCUGCUGGUGAUGAUUCUGCUCAUGCUUUCUCUGCGGUCUCAUCGCAAAAAGCCCUACCUGUGCGACGAGGAGGAAAACGUGCACGAAAACAUCGUGCGGUAYGACGACGAAGGCGGCGGCGAGGAGGACACCGAGGCCUUCGACAUCGCCGCCAUGUGGCACCCCCGCGAGGUGCACCACCCGCUGGGCAAACUGAGACAGGACAUGAUGCCGGAGAUCGAGAGCCUGUCCCGCUACGUCCCCCAGGCGUGCGUCGUGGGCGGCGGCGGGGACAGCAACGUCCACGGGUACGUGCUGGCCAAGCUUCUGGAGGCGGACAUGGACCCGUGCGCCCCACCCUACGACUCCCUGCAGACGUACGCCUACGAAGGCGAGGGCUCGGUGGCCGAGUCGCUCAGCUCGCUCCAGUCGGGGACGUCGAACACCGACCACGAGUACGACUAUCUGAACGACUGGGGGCCGCGUUUUAAAAAACUCGCAGAGAUGUACGGAGUGCUUGAGACAAACAGUCCUCCAAUUUGGUAGAGCGUACCUUUUUUUUUUUAAAUCAAAGACAGAAAAAGUGGACAAAACACACGUUGGAAAGUUGAAGACUAAACUGGGAUAUAUCCGACWUUGGUGACUGUUGGGAUUCCUGCCGAGGCCUCGAAUGCCUUUGUGGCCGCUGCGGCAACACGAGCAGGUUUUAAAUUUGCCCCCCGCCCCCAGAGAGGGAGCUUUUGAGUCAGGCUGGAUCCUUUGAGUCUCACAAGGCCRUGCAUAGGAACUGCUUCAAAGCACAUGUUUACCCCCACCACCCCCUACCCCUUCCUGCCUGAAUCAGCCGCGGGCAGAACCCCUUUGGUYCAAAGUGAUUCAGUGUGAUUCAUGCUGAAGAUAAAAAAUAAAUAAAUACUGGAGUGGGACAACGUUACCCUCUGCAACUCCAGUUUGAGCAUGUAGUUUUACACUAAGGGGGGAGGGGGAGUGAAAAUCAUUGCUGCAACUGUUAGUGAGUUUUUGGUCUUUAUUCACUUCUUUGUUUCACGUGCUGUAUUUAUUUUAUGUUAAAUUAUUAUUAUUAUUUUAAACAGCACUGUAUUUUGAGCUGUGAGAAGAAAUCUUGAAAAAGAUUGCUUAUAUGUUGUAACAUACAUGAUGUAACCGCCCUCAAAGCCUGUGUGAGAGGAGCUUUUCUUGCUUCUCUCAGUGUUUCACUGACACGCACAGAAGAUAGUGUAUUCCCAUGUGGGUCUUUAAAGUGUUUAUUGUAAAAUUGUUUGUCAUUUUUGAGCUCUUUGUCCCGUACUUCUUAAUGUUUUUCCCCUGAAACACAAGCAGUUUGUGGAAGGAUGAGUAAGGUCAUUUUUUUUUAUUAAAUCCUUUUCUUUUUGGAGCUCAAUGUCAACGUAUCUCUGUGRAGAUCUUACCUGAUUUUUAUAGUUUACAUUCCACCCUCUUACCAGAGUCCGACGGCAAAGAAGCUCAGUCUGUCCCGUUUGAGAGACUACGUUGCUUUUAUGCCGCCACACAAAUGUGGUUUAAUCCUUCAAUCCUGUGAAAUACAGGGAAAUUGAUUUUCUGUAUUAAGUGCCAAAUGUAAAAAGACAAAAAAAAGCUAAGCAUAGACACAAAAGGUAUUCUGUAAUGAUAAAUAAGAACUGGCGUAAAAUGCAAACACCUAAAGAAAACCUGAUUUUAGAAACUGGAAAUGCUGAAGUGUUUUUUGAUAAUGAAACUGAGUGGGGUUGUUUGAUAAUAAUGUGUUCAGACAUACUGCAGUAAGUGGUAUGUGAAUGUAGAUUUUUUUUGUAUUCUUGUUAAUAAAAAAAUGGAAAAAAGAAA